AUGAUACGAAGCCAGAGGAGGCAGGAACCAGUCCGCGGCGGCACGCCGCUCUCUGUGGGGGAUCCCGAGUGCCCGGACCCCCAGACCCACAAACCCACCUCAGCAGAGCCUCGCCAUGCCGGGGAGGUGGUCGCUGGGUGCCCGGCCCCCUCCCUCCCCGGUCUCAGCAUCCGCGGGGCUCAGGAGGAGGACCCCCCGGACCCCCAGCUCAUGCGGCUGGACAACAUGCUGCUGGCGGAGGGCGUGUCGGGGCCGGAGAAGGGCGGGGGCUCGGCGGCGGCGGCGGCGGCGGCGGCUGCAGCCGGCGGGGCCGGGGACAACUCCAUCGAACACUCGGACUACCGGGCCAAGCUCACGCAGAUCCGACAGAUAUACCACACGGAGCUGGAGAAAUACGAACAGGCGUGCAACGAGUUCACCACCCAUGUGAUGAACCUGCUGCGGGAACAGUCGCGCACGCGGCCCAUCUCGCCCAAGGAGAUCGAGCGUAUGGUGGGCAUCAUCCACCGCAAGUUCAGCUCCAUCCAGAUGCAGCUGAAGCAGAGCACCUGCGAAGCUGUCAUGAUCCUGCGCUCAAGAUUCCUUGAUGCCCGGCGGAAAAGGAGAAACUUCAGCAAGCAGGCGACAGAGAUCCUGAACGAGUAUUUCUACUCACACCUCAGCAACCCUUACCCCAGCGAAGAGGCUAAGGAGGAGCUGGCCAAGAAGUGCAGCAUCACAGUCUCCCAGGGGGUGGGCAGCACCAUCACAGUGUCACAGGUGUCCAACUGGUUCGGCAACAAGCGGAUCCGGUACAAGAAGAACAUAGGCAAGUUCCAAGAGGAAGCCAACCUGUACGCCGCCAAGACUGCAGUCACUGCGGCGCACGCAGCCGCCGCGGCCGUUCAGAACAGCCAGACCAACUCCCCCACCACCCCAAACUCCGGAUUCCAGAUGAAAGAUGAGGAGUUUCAGCUGGAUUCUGCCGAGAGCAAAAACACUCUUUUAACCAACAUGUUCACUGGUUCCGCAGGGUCUUUUAGCCUCCCACACUCUGGGGACAUGGGGUUCUUGGGCAUGCAGAGUCUGAAUGGGCACUCUUACCAAGGGGCACAAGUCGGAGCCAAUGUACAGUCCCAGGUGGAUACCCUGCGUCAUGUUAUCAGUCAGACGGCAGGAUACAGUGAUGCGCUCCGGGGGAACACUAUGUACAGUCCACAUGGCUUGAGCGCUAACGGCGGCUGGCAAGACGCAACAACUCCCUCUUCUGUAAUAUCUCUGACGGAAGGACCCGGCAGUGUGCACUCUGAUACCUCCAAUUGAUCUGCUAUUAGUGCAUCUUAGCCCCAAGCUGGGCACAGACUCCUAUACGGGCCGACCGACUUCAAGAGGACAUACUUCAACUCCACAAUUAAUACUUUCCUGUAUCUCGAAAACCGCUCUAACCCCCCUCCCUCCCUCCUCCCCCCCUCCCCCACAUCGACGUUGCCCACAAGGAACCCCAUCUUCCGUCAAGAAAACAGUGUUUCUUGGACUUUUAGCGUUCCUCUCUCUCUCUCUCUCUGUCUCUCUCUCUCUCUCUCAUGCUGUUUUUUUCCGUUGUUUGCUGUUGUUUGAUGUAGGGGUAAGCACAGGAAUGUACAGAAAUCAGAAGCAACCCUCUCUUUCCAGAUUCUAUUUGCUCGUUGGCCACAGCAGACAUUCUUUAAAGACUAAUUUGAUGUUCUCUGAGACUUUGUUAUUAUUUUUCUCAUCCGUAUUCUGUUUUUGUCUUAUAUUAUUAUGACCAAUCGUUGGCUUGUCUUUAAAAGUAUUCCCCCUUAUUCUUACAAUACACAGAUUAAAUCAAUGUUUUUCUUUGUGCUUGCAAUCUUGUCCUGCAAGCUCGUCCUGCAGCAGCGUUGCCGCUGACAGCCCGAUGGCAGGUCUGCAGUUACUUUAAAGAUUAGUUUUGCCUUGCAGCUACGUGUUGGCUCACUGGGUUUACACAAGGAAAAGACCAUUCGGACUCUGGACCAUAAAGAUGUAUAUUGAUUGCGUUAUUUGAACACGACACUAUGACAACUUCCCAUGCAAUAUCAUUUGACAGGAGGUAUGUACAUAUUGUAUGUAAACUAUUGUAUUCUUUUUUCUGGCCACUAAUGGGAGUGUUUCCACUACUGGUCUGACAGAGAGAUAAAUCCUUCACAGUCCAACAGGUCCAUUUGAUACACAAAGUACCACCCUAUAUAUAUAUACUAUAUAAAUAUAUAUAAGAAAGGGGGAAAAAAAAUGCUGAGAGUAAUUAUCCAUCCCACCAAUCAAUACACAGCUUUAUUACCUCAUCAUGAUCCAUACGAACCAAUCUACUCCCAACAUCUCUGUAGCUUAGUGUGCUCACCUACUACCUCUGAACAAUGCGCCACCCUUUCUUUCCGUCCGGAUUCUUCUUGUUUUCAUGUCGUUAUGUUGUUACACGUGUAACAUUGUAAACUCUCCAUUCUCCAUGUAAUCUAAUGUAUAUUUUAAUCUUUUAAUAAAAUAUAGUUGCUGUGAGGCAACCUCAAAUAAGAAAAAACAAAAACAAAUGCUAAUAUUAAUUCCAUGGAUACGGGGCUGUGGGCGGGGGUGGGUGCGGGCCGGGGAUUGAAUUGUGUUGCUGCGUGGCGUUUGUGGGCGGAGCCACAGACGUUGAUCAAUUAACACCAAACAGUGAAACUGUUGUAAAUACUAAAGAACAUUUUGAAUGUUGCUCAUCUUGUUACUAAAUCAUGCAAAAACUGAAAAAAAAAUAAUUCUAAGAACUGUAAUGCAUAGAGGUUUCAGUAUUCACAACUAUACAUUCUAUACAUUCUGGCUCUGUGUAACAGAGUCUAGACUUCUUUUUCUCUUUUUUCUAUUGUAUGUGACUCUGAAACUGAAAGUCAUGGCAAAUGAUUUGUGGCAGUGAUUCUAAUGUAAUACAAAUGUUUAGUGUUUCUUUUUAACCAGACUACACCCUGGACUGAAAGGUCUUCCUUGUGGUAGUUGUGUAAUUUCAAACAUGAAUAAACCUUUUUGCUUUCAUGAUGGAAACCAGA